AUGUUUCAAUUGAAUCUAACGAUUUUAUGUGAACAAUUACGUCAAGAUGUUGAAUUGUGUGAAUUCGACUAUAUUACUAUCACAGCUACUCCAUCUUUGUUAUCGAAUUGCGAUUCCACAAAACAAACAGCAGAAUUUCUCUACCCACAGUUAAUGAAAGAACUCCUGUGUCGAUUUAAAUUGGAUGACAAUGCUCAAAAUAUCUUUUUAGAUUUCUGUCGUCAACAUUAUGCACAUGACAAUGAACAGUUGAGUACUAUCGAUGAGUUCGAACAAAACUAUCGACCACAAAAAGCUCUCUUAUGGUUCAAUCGAUCAUGUUUCAUUUCACGUAUGCUGCAACGUGCUCAACGUACAGGCGAAAUUGAUGCUGUUCAAAGGAUGGUCUUCUUUAUGAAACAUAUUCAUAUACAAAUCAGUAAUAUACAUGAGAAAAUAUUUGCUUUGACACAGAAUCCUUUAGUUGUCUAUCGUGGUAAAACAAUGUUAAACAAUGAAUUUGAAACAUUAGUAAAAAAUAAUUGUGGUGGUCUACUGUCAUGUUCAACAUUCCUAAUAACUAAUAUUGACAAAAAUGUUGCAAUGGAUUUUCUUCGUCGUCGAAUAGCCGCUCAUACAGAUAGAAUAGCUAUUCUCUUUGAAAUCCAUAUCAAUCCAAUGCAACAUAAUAUAAUGAAUCCGUUUGUAUCACUGGACAAUAUCGAUUUGAAUGAUGAAACGAAAAAAGACAAGAUUUGUUUUACUCUUAGCGUUAUCUUUCAUAUUGAAUCUGUCGAAAAAAUGGAUGAACAUUCGAUGAAUAUAUGGAGGGUGAAAUUGACACUCACAGAGGAUAAUGAUCCACAUGUACUUCGUCUCAUUGAACCUCUAAGAAGUAAAGAUGUAUAUGCCAAUCCACUUUUUCACUUCGAUAAACUACUCAUUACAAUGGGUGAUUAUGAUCGUGUCGAACAAUUCUAUCACAAUAUACUAGCAAAUACUUCGGCUCUCAAUCGCCCACAUCGACUCAGUCUUAUGCAGAAAGGUCUUGGCACUAUUUUCAUGUAUAAAGGCGAACACAACAAAGCUCUCGAACACUUUCAAAAAGCACUCGAAGCAAGCUUAAUCUAUUUGCCUUCAGAUCAUCCUGAUCUUGCAAGUAUUUAUACCAUGAUCGGUAAUUGUUACUCUAACAUAGGUAAUUAUGCAUUAGCUCUGGACAAUUACAAACGAGCUAUGAAAUUGAUGCAGGAUAAUAUUCAAUCAAUUGAUCAACAAUCUGUCGACGAUUUGUAUAACUGUAUUGAACAUUCAAGUCAAUUACUUGAACAUCAGACGUGA